AUGGAAUCCACCCCUACCUCUACCACUCAAGCCUCAAGCUCAAGUGCCUUACCCUCUCAACCUCUACCCAAUCCCAAGGGUGACAUCAAUGCCGUUACCUUGAGGUCCGGAACCAAAUUGCAAGAGAGAAAUCAUGAAGAGGCAAGCCUAAUAGAGGUCACUCAAGAUGACGAUGUGGUUGAGAUAGAAGAGGUUGAUGAGGAGGAUGAAGCCCAAGAGGUAGUUGAAGAAGUGAUUGCUCAACCAAGGGGCAGAAUGCCUAAGGAUGAGGAUGUCUUGCAAGGAGCUACUCCAAUCCCAUUUCCAACAUUGGCAAGGAAAACCAAGAAGCAAGUUGAGUUGGACCCCAAAAUGGUGAAGAUGUUCAAGAAAGUUGAGGAAAAAAUUUGUAAAUUAGAAACUAUACCAUUGGGGAGCUCAAUUUCUGCUUUAAUGGAUGGUGUGCCGGAGAAGUGUGGUGACCCCAGCCCUUGCUUAGUAACUUGCACCAUAGAUGGAGUCCAAUUUGUUGAUUGUAUGUGCAAUCUUAGUGCUUGUGUGAGUAUUAUGCCCCUGUCCGUCUAUGAGGUCUUAAAGCUCCCACCGUUAAAACGAUCGGCCGCCCGUUUUGUUUUAGCAGACAAAAGCAUAAUUUCUGUGGUUGGUAUAGCGGAGGAAGUUCCAGUGAGUAUAAAGGGGUUGGUCUUCCCAAUUGAUUUCCAUAUCCUCAAGAUGCCCCCUAGUGACUCCGGUAGGACAUCAUCUAUAUUGCUUGGGAGGCCAUUCUUGAAGACCUCCCGGUUCAAACUAGAUGUGUUUUCGGGCACCUACUCAUUUGAGAUCGAUGGAAGAAAAGUGAGCUUUAAUCUUGAUGAAGCCAUGAGACAUCCACCGGAGGAUCACUCUAUCUUCCGGUGUGAUUUGAUUGACAAUGUUGUAGCCAAAGUUCAUUAA